AUGUCACUUGACGGGCUCAAAGUCAGGGAGUUACAUCAUUCCUUCGGUGCCGAAAUCUCUGGGGUCGACUUCUCAAAACAUAUUCCAGACGAUGUUUUUGAGCACAUUGUUUCAUUGUCCGCAAAGUAUGGCGUUUUGGUUUUCCGCACGACCCAUCUCGAUGACAUCGGUCAUAUUGAGCUUGCUCGUCGCUUCGGACCCCUCUUCAAGAUGAGUCAGGUCCUUGCAGACAAAGCUUCGCAAUCAAGUUCCGAUGAGCUCGCAUACCUGAGUAAUGUCGACCCUGAGACCGGAAAGCCUGUUGCGGCCGACGGUCCGAAUACGCACAUCGCGAAAUUAUCCUCGUUCUUCCAUGCUGAUCUUGGAUACAAUCAGCAGCGCGCAUCAUGGAGUCUCCUUAGGGCGCAAGAUAUCCCGCCACCGGGACACGGCGGUGAUACAAUCUUCGCUGACACUAGGGCAGCUUUUGAAGAUCUGGACGAAUUAGAACCAGGCUUGAAGGAAAGGCUGUUGUCCAAGAAAUAUGUCGGCGCUCAUUCAUGGCAGCAGGCACUGAAAACGAGUAACCCCGGCAUGUUCCGAGACAUAGAUCCGUUUGCACACCCUAUGGCCAGACAUCGGGUAGUCGAGCUACAUCAACCGUCCGAAAGAGUGAACCUCUACAUUGGGCUGUACUUGCACCAUAUCGAGGGUCCGCCGGAGGAGGCAGAAGAAAUGGCGAGGCUUCAGCAGAAGCUCUUGCAGCAUGCUACCCAGUCGAAGUAUUGUCUUAAUGUAGACUGGCAGAACCCAAGUGACUUAAUCAUAUGGGAUAAUAGAACGGUCAUGCAUAAGGCCGGCCCGGGAUCCUACGUUGGAAAAUACAAGAGAGAGUUAAGACGUGCAACGGUGCUGGACAUGUGUACAAAAGACUAG